GGAAGAUUUGGAUCCAUGCACACCGUCGCAGCCAAGCGGGCGUUCCGAGCCGCCCAGGACGCGAGGACCGAUGGGCUCGUCGAUGGAGGAGGCAGCAAGAAGGCCUUCCGCCAGGCUAGGAAGACGGGCUUCCUCUCGCUGCCGGCGCGAGGCCUCACGACUUUUCCCGACGAAGCCUGCCACCUCCAGGACUCGAUGGAACCGGACGAGAAGGUCUGGGAGUGCGUCGACUUGGUCAAGAUCGACUUGAGCCACAACGAGAUUAUGGCGGUGCCCCACAGCAUUGCGCUCGUGACCGGCCUCCUCUGGCUCAAGCUGUGCCAGAACAAGCUCACGUCGCUUCCGCCCGAGCUCUUUUCGCUCUCGACACUGGCGUUCUUGGACGUGAGCAACAACGCGCUCGGCGGCGGCUUCUCCGAGAAGCUCGGGCAGCUUACGCAGCUCAAGGAAAUCAUCCUGUCAGGCAACAAGCUCACGACCUUGCCCGACUCGAUCGGGCAGCUCCACGCCCUCGAGGUGCUGCGCGUCGAAGACAAUCUCUUGUGUGCGCUUCCGACCACUCUCGGUGCACUCGAAAAACUGACCGUGCUCACGGCGCAAGGCAACCAACUCGAGUCGGUGCCGCAAUCUAUGAGCCAGCUCCGCGCACUAGCCAACCUCGAUCUGAGCAAGAACAAGCUCUCGUCGCUGCAGGGCUGCCUCCAGCAAACGCGCAGUCUGAAAUUUCUGGACCUGCGCCAGAACCGUCUGGUGCGAUUCCCAGAGCUGCCGCUCGAAGCGUGCGGCUUGGACCAGCUCUUCUUGGGCUUCAACCAGCUCGAAGUCAUUGACGAAACGUCGCUCGUCCGCGCUCAACACCACUUGACGGUCCUCGACCUGCGCGAUAAUAAGCUCCUGGCCGUGCCCGACGGUCUUGCGUUGCUCUACCGUCUCAAGACACUAGAUCUGACCAACAACGACCUCUCGGAUCUACCUCCUGGUCUGGGGUAUCUCAAAGGUCUAAACCACAUCCUUGUCGAUGGCAACUCGAUGCGCGCCAUUCGGCGGUCGGUCUUAUCAGCAGGCUGUGAAGCACUCAAGAAAUACCUUCGCACCCGCGGCAAGCCGCCCGUCGGUGUCGACGCGAUGGACGAGGAGACGGACGAAUUUACGCUGCAGGCGCCGAGUGCGUCCGGUAUCGACAACCACGUCUUUAUGGAAGCGGCGGCGUCCGGGAGUCUCGACUUGACGUCACAACGUCUCACGUCGCUCACACUGUCGAAAACAGGUCUUUGCGUGCUUCCCGACGAACUCGGUCUCUGCUUGCAGCUGACGACGCUGGUCGCGGAAGACUGCCGGCUCGAAGCGCUGCCGAUGAGCGCUCUGGGGCUGCCCCACCUCGUGUUCCUCCGCCUGCGCAAAAACUCGUUGACGGAGCACGCAUUUGCUGGCGCCUUCCACGCGCGCAUGAAGCUCAAGGAGUUGGAUGUACGCAACAACGCGCUGAGCAUGCUUCCAAGCAACGUGCAUCAACUGUCGAGCUUGAACACGUUACUGCUGUCGUUCAACCGUCUCUCGACACUCGCAGGCGUGCCGUGGCGGCUCAUGAAGGCGCUCUCUAUCGUGAGCGCCUCGGACAACAAGUUGACGGACUUGGGCACAAUCUACGAGGCGCCCGCACUCUCGUCCUUGUCGGUUGAAAACAACAGCCUCCAAGCGAUCCCUGCCGAGCUCGGGCUCUGCCCCAAGCUCAAGGCGCUGUACAUUAGCGGCAACCCCCAGCGCACGGUGCGCAUUGCCACCGUCAACAAGGGCACGGACGAGAUCAUGAGUUACCUGAAAAACAAGCUGCUGCCUGAAGACAUUGCGCAGAUCCUUGCUGCGCGCGAACUCGACGAGCAGAGUGCGGCGCCACCGCCGUCACCGGUGCCCGACCGCCCCAAACCCACGUUGACACCAGCGGCAAGCGCGGCAGAAAUGACGCGUGCGACGACGACGCGGGAGGUCGAGGCGUCGCCGUAUGACGCGCCGAUCGCAGCGCUCGAGUCACAGCUCGAAGACCCAGGGCUCUCGGCCGCCAAGCGCUAUGCGUUGAAGAAGGACUUGGCCAAAGCCCGCGCUGAAAAGAUCCGGUUUAGUCGCAAAUUAGCGUAAAGCAGGAAUCGUCGAGUAGAAUGGCAGUGUGUAUAGAUAGAGCGACUAGGAAUCUCAUGCGGCGUUGUGCGUCUCGACGUACUGCG